AUGAGCACCACGGAUGUCCCUCUACAAACCACCAGGCCCAGCUGCCGCGUGUCCUCGGUCAGCUUGAACUGGUCGUCAGGAUCCCGCAAGUACUCGAUGGUGCUAUCCAAUAUCAGGUUCAACAGGGGGUCAAACCCCUUCAGAACUCCACUGGCCUCUCGUCCUCCCUGAAACUUCACACGGAUUUGUUUAUCAAUGUACUAUGACAGGUCAAAGAUACUCUCUUUCUUCUUCUUCUCUCCUUCCUGGUUUCUGUCCGCCAUUUUAAACCAGUUCCAGCCACGCCAUGUUCACCUCAUGUUUCUACAUGAUAAUGCAAGGCCACAUGUCGCAAUGAUCUGUACACAAUUCCUGGAAGCUGAAAAUGUCCUAAUUCUUCCAUGGCCUGCAUACUCACCAGACAUGUCACCCAUUGAGCCAGUUCGGGAUGCUCUGGAUCGAUGUGUACGACAGCAUGUUCCAGUUCCCCCCAAUAUUCAGCAACUUCACACAGCCACUGAAAAGGAGUGGGAGCCUGAUCAACUCGUUGCGAAAGAGAUGUGUCGCGCUGCAUGAGGCAGAUGGUGGUCAUACCAGAUACUGACUAGUUUCUGAUCCACGGCCCAACCUAUUUGUUAAGGUAUCUUUGGCCAACAGAUGAAUAUCUGUAUUCCCAGUCAUGUGAAAUCCAUAGAUUAGGGCCUAAUGAAUAUAUUUCAAUUGAUUGAUUUCCUUAUAUGAACUGUAAUUCAUUAAAAUCUUUGACAUUGUUGCAGGUUGCAUUUACAUUUUUGUUCAAUGUAGCUGGAUAAGCUGAUAUAAGCUGGAAGUAGAAGCCUAACAUGCUGACCACACCGCGCGUGUGCGUCUACGUGUGCCAUCGCGCACAUGUUGAUUUCACCCACAUCAGACGCGAUCAGGACACACAGGUUGAAAUUUCAAAACAAACUUUUAACCAACUAUAUUAAUUUGGGGACAGGUUGAAAAACAUUAAACAUUUAUGGCAAUUUAGCUUGCUUGCUGUUGCUAGCUAAUUUGUCCUGGGAUAUAAACAUUGGGUUGUGAUUUUACCUGAAAUGCACAAGGUCCUCUACUCCGACAAUUAAUCCAAAGAUAAAAUGGUAAACUGAGUUCAUUUCUAGUAAUCUCUCCUCCUUCAGGCUUCUUCUUCUUUGGAAUUUAUAUGGUGGUUGGCAACCAACUUUAAGGUGCCUUACCACACCCAACUGGACUGGAGUGUGGACCUCAGUUCAUCUUUCAAUCACCCACGUGGGUAUACAGUAUGCUGCAUGCUGCUAAAAAACAAUGAAGAGAUGGGAGAGGUGGGACUUGCAGCGCGCCAAGCGUCACAAAUAGAACCAAGUUCUAUUUUAGCGCCUGGCUAUGCAGAUGCUCGUUGACGUGCGCGAGCAGUGUGGGUACAAUGAUUGAAUAACAUGUAUUUGUACAUUUUAUUUUGCAACGCUCGCGCAUGCGACGCGGGUGGUGUGGUCAGCAUGUAAGUAUUGGUGUCCAUUAGUUUACUCCAAUUAGGAGAGGGGUCGUAGGGUUAGGGAAAAAUUAUAAAGAAAGAAAAUAUUUAAAAUAAUAUAUAUAUAUAUUUACACAAUAAUAUAUAUGGGGGAUUGGAAAUGAUGCAGAAAAGUACAUUGAUAGAAGCCACAAUCUAUCAACAAAACAAAAUCUAAUAUGAUCCCACUAUGGAGAGGGGAGACUAUCACCAACACGAUGGUGUUCUCUGUUUUGCUCUACAACCCACACAGGUGUCACAGGACUCAUCUGAAGGUAAUCUGAUACCAGUUGAAAAAAUGUAUGGAAUUAUUGAAGUAGUUUUGUGCAAACAAAAAAAAGGGGGUUAAAUAUGUGUUCACAAAAUAUAUAUAUAUAUAUAUAUAUAUAUAUAUAUAUAUAUAUAUAUAUAUAUAUAUAUAUAUAUCCUGAGAUUUCUUAUAUCUCCUAAAAACAGACACUUCAAAUCCUAAUUCCUUAUGAUGUAUUUUUUGGAGGUCUAUUUUGCCAUUAUGAAUGUGUUAUUAUAUGUGUUUCUAUGGGCUACAUUAUUUUUUAGUACCUACAGGGGUCUUAAAAUUCAAAAUCAAAUAGCUAAAUGAUCCAUGGGAUGACCAUCUUAAAACAAUGCCAUAUGUUAGCUUAGACUUUUAGGGGUUCUAAGUUUCUGUUUUGCUUGCCAUGUAAUGUCCCUGUGUCUUGAAUGGCACUUGAAAAUGAGUCACUAUUGUUAAAUGUUACUAUAAAAUACAAGGCAACAGUAAACCUAUCGUCCACGAAGAAUGAUGUAGCACCACCCCCUUGGGCCAAUUGAGAUAUUGCGUGUGACUAACACAUUUCAGUUAAUUACUAUAGGUCCCCCCCUUGGGCCAAUCAGUGUAAUGAUGUUAAUGCCGGAUCUCUAUGGCAAGACGAGUUUUGUCAAAAUCGGGCCAGUGCUGUCUGAGAUAUCGCGUGUGACUAACAUACUAACGGACGGAGACCGAUCAAUACAACGUUUUGUCCUCUUAUUAUUUUUGGUUGAAGUUUGAUAUAAAUCAACCAGAAUGGAGAAAGCCCAUUAAAACCACUUAGAAUUAAUAAGUUGUCAUUCACUACCCAUAAUGUAUAUUUAGAACUUUCAUUAUUCAGAAACAUCAAAUACCAUCAAAAUGGAAUAAAAUACCGGUAUAUGAUCCAUAUUGAUCCAUGUCAAUAUGAUCCAUGUCCAUAUUACCCAGCUUUACCGCGAUGGCAGCAGGACAUAGAGCCCCACAGUAACCGACGACGAUGACCCCCGACCUUCCACGCCACCCCAGACCCACCACAGCACUCAGCAGGUUAGAGAGAUUGACUAUGAGCCGACCUGGGUUCAAAUAAUAUUUCAAAUCUUUCAAAUACCUUGAGAAUUUGCUUUAGUCUACCUGGAGUUCCAGGUGGGUGGGGUUUGCACUUUUGGACCCUUUCUAUUCGUUCCACGAGCUCUCUUAUAUUUGCAUCAUUGGAUGAGGCAGUGUAUGUUAAGGACUGGGUAGUUAAUGGUUUCUAAUAUAGAAAUAUAAUUACUAGACUGGUUCACCCAUCUCAGAUCAUUGACUUGAAUGGGGAUUUCUGUUCUAGUAGUUCUGUUUCUAUGGUUUCUAAAAUACAUUCCUCUGCCUCAAGGGGUAUGAAUACUUUCUGAAGGCACUAUAUGUCUGUGUUUCCCAUAGAGUUUGUCUUGGUGGGGUGCAGAUGCUUCUGAAACAACAUUCAGGGAUGCAAAAACACAAAGGCCUGACGUUCAUAGCUUCACUUGCUUUCCAGCUGAGAGUAUUUCACCAGCAAAAUAAUAUCAACUACUCGAAAAAUGACACUAAGUUUACACAAACUAACUAAGUAAAUAGAAAUGACCUAUAUUAAGUAACUGGGAAAGCAGUCUUGGGAUGCCCUUCCAAGUCGUUCGCUGCCUUCUUAUGCCCCUCCCACGUGAUGUGAUUUGAGGACACUUACAGGUGGCGGCUACUGUAGCGGCGGCGACCAGCUCUGGGAAGAGGUCGUCGUGGAAAUGGUUGCCAGACAGCUGGGUGAGUCUGACCUGCAGUUUGAGGGCGUGGAGGAGAGGGGAGAGGGAGGAGGGGGUCAGGCUGAGGUCACACACUGACACAGAGGGACUGCCGUCCUGCACCUCACACAGACGAACCACAUGCUUGUUCUCCUCUGGACACACAUCACAUCACAUAAACGCAGACACACACAUACACGGCAUGAAUUAACAAUGCACUUCAGGUGUUCACAUCUCAGAAAUAAUUCCUAAAAGUAAUUUAGGGACUCUUGGAUCAAGGUGUUAUUUAGACAUCUCUGUGGCAGGAAAUAUAACAGGCCGGUAGAGGCUGUGGUCGUUAGGUAUGUGUGUGUUCACAUGCUCACCCACUGUCAUGCUGUGACAGGCCUUCUUGUAUUGAUCAGGAAGAGGGAGGAGGUCCCACGAACACACCUCAGCCAAGACCUGCAGUGGACAUCAUCACCACCAUCAUAAUUACCAUCACCAGUUUCGCUUAAGGUAGAAGUUGACCCUACCCACAGAUCUAGGAUCAGAUUACCCUAUCCUCACUCUUAACAUUAACCAUUAGAAGGAUGGAAAAAUAUCUGAUCCUGUGUCAGUGGUUAGGGGUUUGGCCUCACCUCAUCAUUGGUGUGGAGAACAGCCAGAAGCAGGUCCUGGGGGGAGAGCAGAUUGCCCUCUUUCUGCAGUGAGAGGCGUGGCAGGAGGCCACAGGCCUGGUAGUAACACUGGAUCGGCUGCUCACACACACACACACGAGCAGACACACAAACACACACUGACACACCCCCUUACUAUAGAAGCCAGAGUUGAAUCUCAAGCAAGGCCAAAAGUGGCUGACAUACCACUUUAAACAUUCACUCUAUUUCACACAUGCAUGCAGGAAGACACAAAUACACUAACCUAUGUUCAGUGAUGGUCACAGCACCACACCCUCUUUCUGCAGUAGCCUGACAGGAAGCAGUGGGUGUGCAGGACAGGCCAGGCUAGGUCUUUGUGGUUGGAAAAGGUUCUGACUCUGAUGUAUGAGGCUGUCUUGUCUCUACAGCCUAACAACCCGCUGCCUGUAGCAACACCACCUCCUACUGGCCAGCACCUUGGCAGGUAAACAGCAGCACCACUUCCUACUGGCCAGCACCCUGGCAGGUAAACAGGCUCAUUAAUACCCUUUUUACACUGAUAUUACAAAUAUUAUUAGCAUUAGAUUAUUUAUAUAAAUGGUGAAAAGCACAGGAGCCGCAAUGGAACAUUGGGGGACACCAAUUUUCAACUCCACAUGGAUACAUUGCUAUCUGUUUGUGAGGUGGUGUCGUAUCGGAUGAAUGGUGGCCAUUAUUGCUGAUAAACAAAGGAGUCUGCUCAUACUGAAUCCUUGAUCAUAAGUUUAUUCAGAUCACAAGCUUUCAGCAUAAGUGACAGGUGACAUGACACCCGGAGAACGACGCCUCAGAAUGGCUGCUCUGCCCUUUCUGUAGUCUAGCCCCUAUUUAUAAACAAUGCAAAAAGAUGCUCCCUCUUCUGGCCAAUCACCAGUCUCCCCUGUCUACAACACACUUCCUGUCUGUUUUAUGUGGCGUUACACUAAAACAUUCCCUCUUGAUACUAAAAUCAACAUUAUUUCAGUUCCACUUAAAAAACAUUUAACACCAUCAUAAUGUCAAUUCACUACAGUGGUUCUUGAAAUGUGACCUAAGAAUCAGAAUCCUCUCAUGGUCCUACAGGCACAGGGCACCUGAAGGCAGUGAAUCUGUCCCAUAAUGCCCUGGGCUCUAUGGGCUUUGAGUUGGUCCUGAAGACUCUGCCUCUCCACUGUCUCACACACCUCCAUCUGUCUGCCAUCCGCUGUGAACCCGCUGACCACCCUGCUUUAGAACAUCUGAGGUCAGUCCUCCUGUCCCAGGUAAACACACACACACACAUACACAUGCACACACACAAAUGCACACACAUACACACACACAAAUUCAAAUAAAGUUAUUUUAUAGAGUAUUUAAUUAAGCAUUGUUUGUCUAAAGAACUGCACAAACUAUCACAGUAUCUACAGUAAGUAGAUACUUAGUAGAGGAAAUUUGUCCAGUAAGGUACACGAUAAAGACUGCAAAUACAAUAAAUAAAUCACUAAAAUGAUGAGAAGCUUUUAACAGAAUUUGUUGAAACAAUUGGUUGGGUUUCUGUUAAUGAAACUCUUCUUUCUCUGUAAAGCGCUUAUCAGUGGUCUGUUAACCAGUAAACAUAAACCACAGGUUUGAGGCAGGCGCCUUGCAAGCUGUGAAAACAUUUCACAGGUUGAAAAGGAAGUAUGUCAUCCACUUAUCUGCUCCACAACUUUGCCUCUGGUAUUCAAGCUAAGAAACAUGUGUUGAUAUGGUAGUUAGGAUACAAUGGUAGUAUCUUCAUUGUAUCUUAAAGUGUGUACACCAUUUGACUUAAUGGGGCACUAUGGAAAGAUGGUCUUCAAUAGAGGAACGAAUGUAGUGAUGGUCCCCCUGUAAGUAGGAUUCAUGUUGAUUAGUCAUGUUUAAGCUGGAGGCCAAGCUGAGAACUCAACACUGACAUAUUGGGUGAUAGACAUAGUACUAACUUCCUGGUUAAGGGCAUAGCAUGAGAUCUUGGUCUUGAUUGGUCCCUUGCUGAAAUGGAGGAGGAGGCACAGAAAACAUGGUUCUGAUUGGUCCUUUGUGUGUUCCACAGGAUGACUGCUCCCUAACCCAACUGAGUCUGGCAGGAAAUGGACGGCAGCGUAGCCACCCUCGCCAGGGGUGUGUUUGUGGUUUCUCUCAAUGUAUAUCACCCUUGUCCUUCUGUAUUUAGCUAGUUGAGCUUCCUGGGUCUUUUCCAAGUAUCUGCCCUGUACACUACCUCUGGUUCAUGUGACCUGACUGUCCAGUACUGAGAUCUGUAUGUUCUGUGUGUCCUGCUGUCUAGGUGUCUGCCUGUCUGUCCCUCCGUGGUGUCUGUAGACCUGUCAGAGAACCCAGCAGUGACCUCAGCGGGACUCCACAGCCUCCUCUCCACCCAGCGACCUUUGACCUAUUUCAACCUUCAAGUUACAGUAGGCCUAUAGUAGUCUAUUGGUUCUCAGUCUGACUCUCAGGCUCUCUCUUAGUCCCUCUAAUUUGUUCCCUCUCUCUCUUUCUUCAGGUUGUCAGGCAGCCGGACACUGGGACAACUCUAGUUUGGACGGCCUGUCAGAACAGGUCCAGGACCUGUGGCUGUGGCUGUGGCUGUGCUCACAGAAGCUCAACAAACUGGACCGUGAGGCGCUGCAGCAGACAUGGGGCCAGAGGAGGUUAACUCCCAAGUGGCGCAGUGGUCUAAGGCACUGCAUCGCAGUACUAGCUGUGCCACUAGAGAUCCUAGUUCAAAUCCAGGCUCUGUCGUAGCCGGCCGCGACCGGGAGACCCAUGGGGCGGCGCACAAUUGGGUAGGGGAGGGAAUGGCUGGCAGGGAUGUAGUUCAGUUGGUAGAGCAUGGUGUUUCCAACGCCAGGGUUGUGGGUUCGAUUCCCACGGGGGGUAUGAAAAAAUAUAUAUAAUAAUAAUGUAACUGUAAGUCGCUCUGGAAAAGAGCGUCUGCUAAAUGACUUAAAUCUAACUAAUGCCCCCUCACUGUAAGGAGGACUUGAGUUCUGACACCCUUAAAUAUUGGUGUUGCUUUGAUUCCAUUGAGAUUACACUCCUUGGUCCUCUAUUUGCUGCUGGAGAGGGAUCUUGGCACCAAUAUUUUGAAUGCAUUAUGUAGAUAUAAUGAUUACAGGGUGUGUGCUGUCGUGUAUUGGGAUUAUGCCUUUGUUAAAUGUUUUUCAUGAAGAAAUGGAAUGUUGUUUAUGUUAGGUCAAAUGUGGCGUUUGUGGGGUGACGCCCCAGGGGAGACUGGUGAUUGGCCAGAAGAGGGAGCACCCAUCUUUUUGCAUUGUUUAUAAGUAGGGGCUAGACAAAGAAAGGGCAGAGCGACCAUUGCAAUCCGGGCCGUCGCUCUCCGGAUGUCAUGACAUCUGUCACUUAUGCUGAAGCUUGUGAUAUGAAUAAAUCUUAUGAUCCAGGUUCAGUAUGAGCGGACUCCUUUGUUCAUCAGCAAUAAUUGCCAGCACUUACGCGAUACGACAGUGCCUUUAAACAUGAAUUGUGUCUGUAUUUGUAUUGUGUCUAUAUGUUUUGUAAGUAUUCAAUGGAAACACAAAUAUUAACGACUCAACUCUGGGGGGUGGAGCAUCAUGAGUGAAACAAUGUUCCCCCCCAAUUUGGUGUGAGUUUCUAAAGACACACACUUUACACUGUGGUUUCCUUUCUUGUUAGUUAAACCACUGACUUGUCAUCUUCUCACUGUUGAAAAUUUCCACAAAGGAGGGUGUUGGGUGGGCUUCAAGAUACUUUGGGAACGUGCCUAGUCACACAUCAGUGUUAUCACCUCAGUGUACCACUCAGAGAUUGGGCCAAGGCGAUUUUGGUUAGGAUAACUAAUUUCAUCACCUGUUAUUGUAAUUUCCAAUUUAUAAAAAGCAAUUACUGAACGGUUUCAGUUAGGGUUAGGGUUGUGGAUGGUGCUACUGCCACCUUGUUAAGUAUUUAAGCAUACCCAUUUGUGUGAAGUGUGAAGUGUUGCUAACCACUAAUUUUUUUAAUGUGCACAACUCUUUUCACAGUUUGAAAGAUGUAGUAUGCAUGCAUACUGAAAUACUUUAUAGAGAGUGCAGCAAGUCGCUUCCCACAGCUGUUAACAUAUCAGUUUGAGGCCAGCCAGACUAAGACAUGCAUGUGGUUAUGCUCUAGUCUAGCUAGGAUCCUCUCAGAAGCAGAUAUAUAAACAUUACACUACAUAAACCUAAGUAGUUCUUAUUUGAGUCUCCCCCAGACAGCAACCCUUCCCAGUUGGCGUUUUUUUUUUCACCAGUAGACCUGUUUAUUUUUUUAGGAACUCAGUCGUGGUCUUACUGUUGAGAGUUAGAAAAGUAGAAUACACAAGGUGUAUCUUUUGGUGACACAGGCUGCAUGGGGUCUCUACAUUCAUUAUACAGUGCAUUUGGAAAGUAUUCAGACCCAUUGUCUUUUUUCCCUCAUCAAUCUACAUACACACAAUACCCCAUAAUGACAAAGCAAAAACAGUUCUUUUUUUUUGCAAAAGUAUUACAAAUAAAAAACUGAAAUAUCAUAAGUAUUCAGACCCUUUACUUUGUUGAAGCACCUUUGGCAGCCAUUACAGCCUCAAGUCUUCUUGGGUAUGACGCUACAAGCUUGGUACACCUGUAUUUGGGGAGUUUCUCCCAUUAUUCUCUGCAGAUCCUUACAAGCUCUGUCAGGUUGGAUGGGGAGCAUCGCAGCACAGCUAUUUUCAGGUCUCUCCGGAGAUCUCUCUGUACUUUACUCCGUUGAUCUUUCCCUCAAACCUGAUUAGUCUCUCAGUCCCUGCCUCUGAAAAACAUCCCCACAGCAUGAUGCUGCCACCACCAUACUUCACCGUAGGGAUGGUAUUAUCCAGAUGAUGAGCAGUGCCUGGUUUCCUCCAGAAAUGAUGCUUGGCAUUCAGGCCAAAGAGUUCAAUCUUGGUUUCAACAGACCAGAGAAUCUUGUUUGUCAUGGUCUGAAAGUCAUUUAGGUCCCUUUUGGCUAACUCCAAUCGGGCUGUCAUGUGCCUUUUACUGAGGAGUGGCUUCCAUCUGGCCACUCUAACAUUAAGGCCUGAUUGGUGGAGUGCUGCGGAGAUGGUUGUCCUUCUGGAAGGUUCUCCCUUCUCCACAGAGGAACUCUGGAGUUCUGUCAGCGUGACCAUCGUGUUCUUGGUCACCUCCCUGACCAAGGCCCUUCUCCCUCGAUUGCCAGCUCUAGGAAGAAUCUUAGUGGUUACAAACUUCUUCCAUUGAAGAGGGAUGGAGGCCACUCUGUUCUUGGGGAACUUCAAUGCUGCAGAAAUGUUUUGGUACCCUUCCCAAGAUCUGUUUCUCGACACAAUCCUGUCUCGGAGUCUUCGGACAAUUCCUUCGACCUCAUGGCUUAGUUUAUGCUCUGACAUGCACUGUCAACUGUAGGACCUUAAAUAGACAGCUGUGUUCCUUUCCAAAUCAUGUCCAAUCAAUUUAAUUUACAAGAGAUGGACUCCAAUCAAGUUGUAGAAUCAUCUCAAGGAUGAUACAUGGAAACAGGAUGCGCCUGAGCUCAAUUUCGAGUCUCAUGGCAAAGGGUCUGAAUAUUAUGUAAAUAAGGUAUUUCUGUAUUGUAUUUUUAAUACAUUUACAAAACAUUCUAAAAUCCUGUUUUCGAUUUGUCAUUAUGUGGUAUUGUGUGUAGAUUGAUGAGUGGAAAAAAUAAUUUAAUCCAAUUUAGAGUAAGACUAAUGUAACAAAAUGUGGAAAAUGUGAAGGGGUCUGAAUACUUCCCAAAUGCACUGUAUAUUGUGUAUGCAUUAUGGAGAUAUACACUAUAUAUACAAAAGUAUGUGGACACCCCUACAAAUUAGUGGAGUCGGCUAUUUUAGCCACACUCGUUGCUGACAGAUGUAUAAAAUCGAGCACACAGCCAUGGAAUCUCCAUAGACAAAAAUUGGCAGGAGAAUGGCCUUACUGUAGAGCUCAGUGACUUUCAACUUGGCACUGUCAUAAGAUGCCACCUUUCCAACAAGUCAGUUUGUCAAAUCUAUGCCCUGCUAGAGCUGCCCCGGUCAACUGUAAGUGCUGUUAUUGUGAAGUGGAAACGUCUAGGAGCAACAACGGCUCAGCCGAGAAGUGGUAGGAAAAGGACUGCCAAGUACUCAGAACCGAGGACAAGCUCACAGAAAAGGACUGCCAAGUACUGAAGCGCGUAGCGUGUAAAAAUCUUCUGUCCUCGGUUGCAACACUCACUACUGAGUUCCAAACUGCCUCUGGAAGCAAUGUCAGCACAAUAACUGUUCAUCGGGCACUUCGUGAAAUGGGUUUCCAUGGCCAGCAGCCGCACACAAGGCUAAGAUCACCAUGCACAAUGCCAAGCAUUGGCUGGAGUGGUGUAAAGCUCGCCGCCAUUGGACUCUGGAUCAGUGGACGUUUUGAAAGAGCUGCAAAAUCUGGACCCCUACAAAUCAGCUGGGCUAGACAAUCUGGACCCUUUCUUUCUAAAACUAGCCGCCGAAAUUGUCGCAAACCCUAUUACUAGUCUGUUCAACCUCUCUUUCAUAACGUCUGAGAUCCCCAGAGAUUGGAAAGCUGCCGCGGUCAUCCCCCUCUUCAAAGGGGGUGACACUCUAGAUCCAAACUGCUACAGACCUAUAUCCAUCCUGCCCUGCCUUUCGAAAGUAUUUGAAAGCCAAGUUAACAAACAGAUCACCGACCAUUUCGAAUACCACCGUACCUUCUCCGCUAUGCAAUCCGGUUUCCGAGCUGGUCAUGGGUGCACUUCAGCCACGCUCAAGGUCCUAAACGAUAUUAUAACCGCGAUUGAUAAUAGACAGUACUGUGCAGCCGUCUUCAUCGACCUGGCCAAGGCUUUCGACUCUGUCAACCACUGCAUUCUUAUUGGCAGACUAAAUAGCCUUGGUUUCUCAAAUGACUGCCUCGCCUGGUUCACCAACUACUUCUCAGAUAGAGUUCAGUGUGUCAAAUCGGAGGGCCUGUUUUCUGGACCUAUGGCAGUCUCUAUGGGGGUGCCACAGGGUUCAAUUCUUGGGCCGACACUUUUCUCCGUGUAUAUCAAUGAUGUCGCUCUUGCUGCUGGUGACUCUCAGAUCCACCUCUACGCAGACGACAACAUUUUGUAUACAUCUGGCCCUUCAUUGGACACUGUGUUAACAAACCUCCAAACGAGCUUCAAUGCCAUACAACACUCCUUCAGUAGCCUCCAACUGCUCUUAAACACUAGUAAAACUAAAUGCAUGCUUUUCAAUCGAACGCUGCUGGCACCCGCCCACCCGACUAGAAUCACCACUCUUGACGGGUCUGACCUAGAGUAUGUGGACAACUACAAAUACCUAGGUGUCUGGUUAGACUGUAAACUCUCCUUCCAGACUCACAUAAAGAAUCUCCAAUCCAAAGUUAAAUCUAGAAUCGGCUUCCUAUUUCGCAACAAAGCCUCCUUCACUCAUGCUGCCAAACAUGCCCUCGUAAAACUGACUAUCCUACCGAUCCUUGACUUCGGCGAUGUCAUUUACAAAAUAGCCUCCAACACUCUACUCAGCAAAUUGGAUGUAGUCUAUCACAGUGCCAUCCGUUUUGUCUCCAAAGCCCCAUACGCUACCCACCACUGUGACCUGUACGCUCUUGUUGGCUGGUCCUCACUACAUGUUCGUCGUCAAACCCACUGGCUCCAGGCCAUCUAUAAAUCACUGCUAGGCAAAUCCCCGCCUUAUCUUAGCUCAUUGGUCACCAUAGCAGCACCCACCCGUAGUCUGCGCUCCAGCAGGUAUAUCUCACUGGUCAUUCCCAAAGCCAACACCUCCUUUGGCCGCCAUUCCUUCCAGUUCUCUGCUGCCAAUGACUGGAACGAAUUGCAAAAAUCUCUGAAGCUGGAGACUCUUAUCUCCCUCACUAACUUUAAGCAUCAGUUGUCAGAGCACCUUACCGAUCACUGCACCUGUACACAGCCCAUCUGAAAUUAGCCCACCCAACUACCUCAUCCCUAUAUUGUUAUUAAUUUUGCCCUUUUGCACCCCAGUAUCUCUAUUUGCACAUAAUCUCUUGCACAUCUAGCAUUCCAGUGUUAAUACUAUUGUAAUUAUUUUGCACUAUAGCCUAUUUAUUGCCUUACCUCCAUAACUUGCUACAUUUGCACACACUGUAUAUAUAUUUUCUGUUGUAUUUUUGACUUUAUGUUUUUUACCCCAUAUGUAACUCUGUGUUGUUUUUAUCGCACUGCUUUGCUUUAUCUUGGCCAGGUCGCAGUUGUAAAUGAGAACUUGUUCUCAACUGGCUUACCUGGUUAAAUAAAGGUGAAAUAAAAAUAAAAAAAUAAAAAAAGUGGAAACACGUUCUCUGGAGUGAUCCACAAACAACAAUAAGAAAAAAAUUCUGUCCUUGAUGUUAUCCUGAGCUUUCCUAUAUCUCUCAGAUACAUUUCAGACACUUCAAAACAAACUUCAUUUUUAUUUAUUUUGCCAUGUAUUUUUGUGUAAUACAUUGCGUUUCUAUGGGCUAAUAGAAGUAAGGGCAAAUGUAAUUCUUCAUCAAAUAAUUUGUAAAUCUUUUUAAUAUACCUACAGGUAUCCUAAAAUACAAAUUAAAAUAGCUAAUGGUCCAUAUUAUUACUAUCAUAAAACAACUCCAUAUGUUAGCUUAGUAGAUAUAGCCCUAAAUGUACCACUUGUAAGCUAGCUGAACAAGUUGGAAUCAAUAUGUCAGUGUGGUGUAUUCUGCUGGAAACAUACACUGAGUGUACAAAAUAUGAAGAACACCUGCUCUUUCCAUGACAUACAGUACAUGACUUAAUCUGUAAUUGACUAAUUAAAAUGAAAUUAAAAUGAAGAUCAGACUGUGGAGAGAUGGAAAAAGGUGAUUAUGAAAACCACAAGUAACAUCCUGUUGACUUGUAAGGUUUGUGUGUUGUGGUCAAUGUGAGAUGUACUAUCAAUAGGUCGUAGGUGGGGUUUGUACAGGGGGCUGUAGAUAGAGGGGCCUCUAUGUAUAAAGGGGCUUGUCUGAUUCAUAAGUCACUUUACCAAACCCCAACACGACUUUACUCUUCACAUCUCUACCACCACAAAUCAUGAAAACAUCUCUGUUCCUCCUUGCCCUCUGUCUGCUGGCUUGUUCAGGUGAGAUUUCAUUUGUUAACUCAAGUAGUAACUACUGUAUAUGCAGCACAUACAUUGGGUCAGGGUGCAAGGGGAACUGUGGGUAGGGGGGCCUAAAUCAACUCCAAGUUCACCUUUGGUUUCAGUACAAUUCAAGUAAAGGACCCAUCAUGGGAGUGACUGUUGUAUCAUUUUUUCUUCACAGUUUGGGAGAUCCAUGGGCAAUGCCAAGAGGUUGACCCUGAUGACCAGGAAGUAGUGGAAGCACAGCCGGAAAAGCACAUGGUAAUAGUAUGCUAUGGUCAAAAUGUUAUGAACUAAGAGAAAGUGUAGACAUUUCUGCAACUUCCUAUUGGAAUACUCAACCUCCUACUGUUUAACAGAACUUAACCAUAGCCGUAAAUAUAACUAAAGACAUACAUUGACUGAAGAAACUACUGUCCAACCUGACAAUACAUAUUCAAAUGUACUUCAACCAUAACACUGAAUACAUCACACCAUAAUUUAAGUAAUAAUAAUAAUUUGGGGGGGGGGGGGGGGUGCUUUAUUUGUCUUGUUAAACAAAUUAUGUAAUGGAAAUGUUUUUUUUUGCAUAUCCCAAGUACCCCCGAGACACCCACAGGGAGUGGGGUCACGGCCAGGAUCACCAUUGUACAGAGUCCCUGAAGCAAUUAGGGUUAAGUGCCUAGCUCAAGGGCACAGCGACAGAUUAUUUAAUUUUUCUAACAUGUCCUUUCUUGUCUGUUUGUGCUUUCCAAAGGAGCAACAGCUAAUGGGAACCUGCUGGGUGUGUAAGUGGGCACUGAACAAAGUGAAGAAAUCCAGCUCCACUUCCUCUAGCCCGGUAGCUACCAUAGCAUUACAAUUCAUAAGAGUGUCUCUUCAUGAAAUUGCACUAUUUACUAUUUACUGUGAUAUUUCUCUGAAAAUGUCAACUGAUGUGGAUGAUGAUUUCUCGUCAAUAGGAGGAGCUAAAGCAGACACUAUUGUCCGUUUGCGAUAAUGUUGGCUUCCUAAAAUCUAUGUGUAAAGGCCUGGUGAAAAAACACUUGUGGGUGCUGAUUGAGGAGCUUAGCACAAGCGAUGACGUGAGGACCAUCUGCGUUAACAUUAAGGCCUGCAAGUGAGUACAAGAAACCGUUCGACAUACUCUUAAGUCACUGUUCAGACAACUAAAGAGUAUAGCGAUGAUAAUUGUGCUUGUUAAUUGAAACACUAUUGAGUAGAAUGUAUUAAUUAAUAUGAAAAUAUGGGGUUAUGUCUUCUGAUCUUCCACUCAUGUGGUCUUUUUGUGCAUCUUUAGACCAAAGGAAGUUUUGGACCUGAGCUACUGAC